AGAGGGUUCGCGUCGCGAGGUUGACGGGUUGUCGCCAUUCGCACUGCAUGACCCGUAGCCCUCCACCACGGUGGGGACGAGUCGUUGACAACAUACCACUGCGAUCGCUGCUGCAGAGUCGACGGGGACGUAUUUCGUCGGCUAUCGUAGCUCAUAUAAAGAGUCGGGAAGCUUAUCAGAUCCCUUCGUCGGUUCUGCCACAAGCACAGUCCUGUUUUGUGUGCCCAUUCACCUCACACCAGCCUCUGUAACAGCCAGAACCGUCACCAUGCCUGCUGUCGUUGAGAACGCCCCGGCUUCGACUAUCAGAGGCGGCCAUGAGCAGUCCCGACCGCGCAUCUCCGAACCACUGCAGUAUUCCGGGUCUCUGGACUCGUAUGCCCGGCAAGACCUGACGCCGGUCAUUGGUCGCGAGUACAAAGGCCUUCAGGUGGCUGAGAUCUUGAAGUCGGAGCAAUGCGAUCAGAUCAUCAAGGAUCUCGCAGUAACAAUCUCAAGCCGAGGGGUUGUAUUCCUGCGUGAUCAAGAUGUGACACCGCAGCAGAUGCGCGAGUUUGGAGAGAAGCUGACACACCUGGCCGGAUGCCCCGAGUCAUCCGGCCUGCACAUCCACCCCCUGACAGAAGAAGGCAGCGAGCUAGGCGACCAGAUCAGCGUGAUCAGCAGCGAGAAGCAGAAGAAGGGCGGCGGCCUCACGCACCAACUCAGCGACACGAGCCGCUUCGCCUCCGUGGGCUGGCACAGCGACAUCAGCUUCGAGCCCGUCCCCUCCGACUACGCCAUGCUGAAGAUCCACACGCUCCCAGAGACGGGCGGCGACACCCUCUGGGCGUCAGGCUAUGAGAUCUACGAUCGCCUGUCGCCCGCCAUGGCGGGGAUGCUGGAGGGGCUGACGGCGACGCACGACGCGACCUUCUUCCACGACGAGGCGCGGCGGUUGGGCAAUCCGUUGCGGAAGGGAAUUCGAGGCUCGCCCCUCAACCAGGGCGAAGCGCUGACGGCCGUCCAUCCUGUCAUUCGCACGAAUCCUGUCACUGGCUGGAAGUCCGUGUAUGUGAACAAAGGCUUCACGAAGCGCAUCAACGGGGUCACCAAGGAUGAAUCCGACGUGUUGCUCGCCUAUCUGUUCAAUCUCAUUACCCAAAACCACGACGCGCAGGUUCGCUUCCGGUGGAAUAAGAAUGAUUUGGCCGUCUGGGAUAACCGAUCGACCUGGCACUGUGCCACGUAUGACUACGCCGAGGCUCGGGCUGGCGACCGGGUCUGCAGUCUGGGUGAAGCACCCUAUCUCGAUACUCGCUCGAGGUCGAGGAAGCAGGCCUUGGGGGAGGCUUGAUGCGGUGGGCUGCGGUGUCCAUCGGUAACGCUAUAAUGAAUCAUAAAUAUAUCAAUAUAAUCUUCAGAGACGUUUUAGGCUUCAGGGCUUGUAGUCUUUGUUGCAGAGAAGUGGCGCAUCUAC